UACGCGAAGACUGAAUUUGCCUCUACUUGUUGGAAACCAGCUUGUAUUCAGAAUAUGUUUAAGAGAUUAUUAAAAUAUAGCAAAUCAAUGUGAUUGAUGAAGUAAAAUCUGUGUGAUCUCUGACAGGAGGAUAAAGAAACACACAUUAAGAGGAGGAAGAUGAUGAUGAACUGAAGAAAGAGAAGCAGAUCAACAUGAGCAGCAUAAUAACAUGAAGAUCAGCAACAUCAGAAAUGAACAGGGAUGAUGAUCAGCUGAUGAAGAACAGAAGAUCAACAUGAGCAGCAGAGAGAGCAGAGCCAUUGUUCGUGGUUCUGCCUGCAAGAGAAGUAGCAGCAUAGAACAAGAGCCACCAUCCAUGAGCACUGAUCCUCCUCUGAGGAUUCUUCUCCUGGGUAAAAGUGUGUCUGAGAACAGCCGUGUGGGAAACUUGAUCUUGGGUCGAUCAGCGUUUGACAGUGAAGCUUCUCCAGAUGUUGUGGAGAGAGUCGGAGGAAGACUGAAGCACAGACACGUGACGCUCAUCAACAGUCCUCAGCUGCUCCACACACACAUCUCAGAUGAUCAGAUCACACAGACGGUCAGAGAGUGCGUGAGUCUGUCUGAUCCAGGACCUCAUGUGGUGCUUCUGCUCCUCCAACAUCAGCAGUGUUCAGCAGAAGAUCAAGAGCGUGUGGAGAAGCUGCAGGACUCUUUCUCUGAGCGCCUUCUUCAACACACCCUGGUGCUCAGCACACAAGAGCCCACUGAACCCAAUCAGAUCCUGCAGAAGAUCAUCCAGAAGUGCUCCAACAGACACGUCAGUCUUCAGACAAGCAGCUCUGCUGAUCAUCUUCUGCAGGCCUUUGAGGACAUCGAGCGGAGCAAUGAGGGACGACACCUGAUUUCUGGAGACUCACAGUGUUCCACAGUGGAGAAACGGGACCCACAGACACACUCUGAGAAGCUGAAUGUGUUGGUGUGCGGGAGCGACGGCUCACUGAAAUCCUCCAUCUCAGAGCUGAUCCUGCAACACACACACAGAAGAUCAGAGAGUGUGAGGACAGACGUGAUCAAUGUGCUGGAGCUUCCAGCUCUGUUCAACACUGGGCUCUCAGAGGAGGAAGUGAUGCGUCAGACUCUCCGCUGUGUGUCUCUCUGUCAUCCUGGAGUUCAUGCUUUCCUCCUCAUUAUUCCUGACGCUCCACUUAAUAAUGAAGACAGAGCAGAAAUGGAGGAGAUCCAGAAGAUCUUCAGCUCCAGAAUCAACAAACACAUCAUGAUCCUCAUCAUGCAGAACUCAGAGCAUCAGACAGCAGAACUCAGUGAAGAAACACAGGCUGUCAUUCAGAGUUUUGGAGGAAGACAUCAUCACUUCAGUCCUGAAACACAAGUGUCCACAUUGAUGGAGAACAUUGAGCAGAUGCUGGAGGAAAACAGAGGAGGUGUUUACUCCACAGAGACAUUCCUGGAGGCGCAGAUGGAAAAUCGGAUGAAAUAUGAAGAGAUGAAAAUUAAGAAAAGUAAUUUACUGGAGACACCACUGCUGACACAAGACUAUAGAGUAAACACAGAUGAUGAAGUGAGGAUUGUUCUUCUGGGCAAAACUGGAGUUGGUAAAAGUACAACUGGAAACACAAUCUUAGGAAGAAAAGCUUUUACAGCAGAAACAUCUCACCAACCAGUGACUAAAGAGAGUCAGAGAGAAACAUCUGAAAUCAAUGGCAGACAGGUCACUGUGGUCGACACUCCAGGAGUGUUUGAUACUGAACUCACUGAAGAGGAGAUCCAGAGAGAAAUCAGACACUGCAUCUCCAUGAUUCUGCCUGGACCACACGUGUUUCUCCUGCUGGUUCCACUGGGACGAUUCACUAAAGAGGAGGAAACAUCAGUGAAGAUCAUCCAGGAGACGUUUGGGGAAAACUCUCUAAUGUUCACCAUGGUGCUCUUCACCAGAGGAGACUUCCUAGGAAACAAAUCCAUUGAAGAGUUUCUGGGUAAACCUGGAUCUCCUCUGAUGAACCUGAUUGAAGCUUGUGGACACAGAUAUCAUGUGUUCAACAAUAAUCAGCCUGAAGAGCGAACACAAGUGUCUGAUCUACUGGAGAAGAUAGACAACAUGGUGAAGGCAAACGGAGGAAGCUUCUACUCAUGUAAGAUGUUCAGAGAGAUGGAGAGAGAAAAACAAGAACAACAGAUGAAGAUCCUGAUGGACAGAGUCAGAGAAACUGAAGAAGAGAUGAAGAAACUGGAGGAAGAGAAAGACAGAAUGAAGAUGAUGAUGGAGGAGGAACGACAGAAGCAGGAGACGGAGAGAAAGAUGAGAGAAGAAGAACUGAAGAGAGAAAUAAGAGAAGGAGAGGAACAUCAGAGAGAGAUGAAGGAGGAGAUGAAGAGAGAACGAGAGACAUUUAGACACGAAAUAGAGGAAAUCAGGAGAGAAAAAGAGAAACUGCAGAUCAAACAUGAGACAGAAACAGACAGACUGAUGAAGAGAACAGAGGAUGAGAAGAAGAAAAGAGAAGAGGAGAAUACAGAAAGAGAAGAGAAAUAUACAAGACAGAUCAGGGAGAAAGAGGAGAAAGAGAGAGAGAUGAAAGAGGAGAUGAAGAGAGAACGAGAGGAAAUGAUGAAGGAAAUAGAGAAACUUCAGAUCAAACAUGACACAGAAACAGAAAGACUGAUGAAGAGAAUAGAGGAUGAACGAGAGAUUCAUGAAACAGAGAGAAAGAGAAGAGAAGAAGAGUUUAAUGAGAGGGAAGAAGGAUAUAAGAGAGAAAUGAAAGAGAGAAAAGAGAGAGAGAAAAAAUUUUGUGAGGAGAUGAUGAGAGAACAGGAGGAAUGGGAGAAACAAAGACAAGAAGAAAAGAAAAGAAGAGAAGAAGAGGAGAAAAGAAGGGAGAAAGAACAGAGAGAAUUCAAUGAGAAACUGAAAGAAGAGAAAGACAGAAUGGAGAGAGAGAAAGAAGAUCUUCAGUCUAAACAUGAAGAAGAAGAAAAGAAGAUGAAGAUCCAGAUAGAGGAACUGAACAGAGAAAGAGAAGAACUGAUGAAGAGACAUGAGGAAGAGAAAGAGAAAAUGAAGAUGAUGAUGGAGGAGGAACGGCAGAAUCAGGAGGAAGUGAGAAAGAGGAGAGAAGAAGAGUUCAGAGAGAGAGAAGAGCGAUAUAAAAGACUGAUUAAAGAGAGAGAGCAGAAGGAGAAUGAACUGAUAGAACAGAUGAAGCUGGAGCGAAUGCAGAAACAGAAACUAGAGGAACGACUGAGGAGAGAAGAAGAGAAACAGAAAUCUGAACUUCACAAGAGACGCCAAAGUCCAGUUAGUGAUCAGACAACAGUUGCUGAUCAUUCAGAAGAUCUUCUGAGGAUUGUGCUAAUUGGGAGAAAAGGAAGUGGAAAGAGUGCAACAGGAAACACUAUUCUGGGAAGAAAGGAGUUCAUCAGUAGAAUGAGGCCAAUUUCAGUGACGAUUGUUUGUAAAAAAGGAGUUGGAGAAGUUGCUGGUCGAUCAGUAGCUGUUGUUGAUACUCCAGGACUCUUCGACACAGCACUGACAAAUGAACAAGAGGUGGAAGAAAUAGUGAAGUGUGUUUCACUGUCAGCUCCUGGACCUCAUGUGUUUAUCAUUGUGGUGAGUUUGGGGAGAUUUGUUAGAGAGGAGACAGACACUAUUGAUCUGAUCAAGAAGAUCUUUGGUCCAAAAUCUGCUCAGUUCAGCAUCGUUCUGUUCACCAGAGCAGACGAACUUGAGGAUGAAUCUAUAGAAGAUUAUGUGAAGAGAAGCAAAUCUGCAGAACUCCAGAAACUGAUCAGAGAUUGUGGAAACAGAUUCCUGGCUUUCAAUAACAGAGACAAACAAGACAAAACUCAAGUGAUGAAGCUGUUAAAGAUGAUAGAAGAGGUGAAGAGUAAUAAUCAGGGUGGAUACUUCACUAUUGAAAUGUUUGAGGAGGCAGAGAUGUCCAUUAAGAAGAAGAUGGAGGAAAUCAUGAAAGAGAGAUUCUGAAACUGAGAGAAGAGUUACA